AUGAUCUCGACCAAGAAGCGCAACAGUGAUGCACCCCGACCCUCCGCAGCGUUUUGCUCGUCGAGUGCGCCAAUCCCGAGCGAGCGCAUACAGCGCACGAAUCAGCUCCUCGUCGAUUCGUCUGCUGCACGCGAGCAUCACAGCCUCGCAAACUAUGUGCCUUCUUUCUGGACCAUCUUUCAACUCCUACUCCUUCCCAGAGUGAUCAGCGCCUUUCUUCGACGAAUCGCAGACUGCGACGAGAGUGAGUUGGAGGGGUGAUAGAGUGUCCGGAGCAAGCUGUUCUGUCUUGUCUAUGAGAAGUGGUCUGUGGUCCGUCACCCCAUGCUCGAGCUGAUGGUCCCAUUUGAUCCUUCUUUCGCACACGCCCGGUGCGCAUUCCUACGGCAGCAUACAACUACUGGGAACCCCUUCAUCUGCUCUCUUGGGUCUCGCACUCUCAGGACGCCAUCUCAAGCGCACCAUUGCAAGCUUUUCAGACGUGGGAGUACGCACCGCAAUAUGCUCUUCGCUCUUGGAGCUACAUUGCGCUGCAUCUGCCCGCUGCUGCCUGGAUUCCACAGUGGUUGGGUUGGCCGAAGGUGAGCUGAGCGCAAUGAAUUUGGUGAAAGAUGAGGAGUUGAACUCGAUUUCGAUUCCCUCUCGCCACUUGAUCUGAUUGAUGCGCACGGACCCAGGUCAAUGCGCUGUACUCGACCCGAAUGUUCUUGGCGUGGGUCUGCAGCUUUACAGAAGCUUGUCUGGUUCGAUCGGUGGGAAAGAACAUUCACCCUAGGGUUGCGCAGUACAUGCUAUUCGUUCUGCUUCCUUCCGCGGGCAUGUUCCAAGCCAGCACGGGUGAGUUGUGCGAGACGAGAGCGCCACAGCUUCGAGUUGCAAAGCGAGCUCAUGGCCCCACAAUGACGGCCGCAUGCAGCCCUACUGCCUUCCACCUUGGCAAUGUGCACCACCACCUUGGCCAUGUCUUACGCGCUGCAACCUUCAACGAGCGCAAAGGGCUUUGCUGUGAAUGCAGCCAUUCUGCCUCAGACCAUCCAGACGCGUCAGCGAAAUCUCAAGAUCAUCUUUAGCUUUGCCACGGGCGCGGUUCUGGGAUGGCCGUUUGCCCUCGUGCUGAGUUUCCCAUUCGUCCUCGAGGAGAUCUUCUGUCCGUCCGGUCAGCUCGUGCCUCUCUCUCGCUACCUCUUCUUUACCUCCGCGCGAGUCUUGGCCUCCUUGCCCGGUCUGCUUGCAAGUCUAUCGUUGGUGUCAGGUCUGUUCCUGGUGGACAUGGCAGCGUACGGUCGACCGGUACUGGGAACGCUCAACAUUAUCAUCUACAACAUCUUUUCGGCGCAAAGAGGUGCGGGUCCGGAAUUGUACGGGACGGAAGCUUGGUGGUAUUACCUAAGGAACUUGAGCUUGCUCUGGAAUCCUCUGGUCGUGGUGCUGGCCAUUGUCGUCUGGCCAAUGUUGCUGCUUUGCAGACUCGUCGUGCCGACGAUGUUUGCGGCUAGCAGCUCGCCAGCGACAAAUGCUGCCAAGGUGCAAAUGAGCGAGCGAGAAACCACAUUGUCAAACGCUCCGCUAGCUUUGCUAAUGCUCAGAACGGCACCUUUCAAUCUCUGGCUACUGCUCAUGAGCAUGCAACCGCACAAGGAGGAGAGGUUCAUCUUUCCGGCAUUCCCGCUGCUCGCUUUGAAUGCCGCCUUGAGCCUGCACCUAUCCAUCGAGCUGCUGCGUGUCGUGCUGGGAAAGUUGAAAGGAGUGCUCGGACCUUCGAAAAUCGGCUCGGGCAGGUCGGACGAUGUAAGUGACAGCGAAAGCUUUUGUUUCAAGUCAAUCUCGCCCAGCAUCUUUUAGCUGUCCGAUCGCGUGCGGUGGGCAGUGCUCACAUCCCUGCCAUCUCCCCGCCGUCUCCGAGCAAGCAGAUCUACCCAACCCUCUCGCGGCUCCCCUCCCUCGUCGCAACCACCAUCCUAGCUCUCAGCGCUCUGACCAGCAUUUCUCGAUCUGCUCAAUCAGUCCUCGCUUUUAGCGGACCCACCGAGACGCUAGAGUACCUAAGCAACUACGAGCUUCCUCAAUCGGCGGUGCAGAGCUGUCCUACGAUUGUGGACGCGCAAACCCGAGAAGCUUGGAAGUCGCUCGAAAGCUUGUCACAAAUUGAAAGAUAUGCGCAAGCUUUGCAGCUGCCAAGAGUGGAUCUGAACAAAGCUGAUGCUGAAUGCUCCGAUGCGCAGAAUGAGCUAGAUGCGCAAAGGGGAGGAACAAGAUUGUGCUACGCAAAGGAAUGGCACAGGUUCCCUUCGCAUUUUCACGUGCCAAGUCAUGUGGAGGUGAGGUUCGUCAAGAGCGAUUUUAAGGGCAUCUUGCCGCAGCAUUUUGAGCGAGGUGCACUGCAUGGCGCAGCUGGACGGGCAAAAAGUCUUUUGGAUCUUUGGUCGUGGAGGGAUGUUACGAGGGCUGAACGUCGAGGUUUCAAUGAUCUGAACAAGGAGGAGCGGGAUCGAUAUGUGAGUCUGCAUGUGCUUCUUUCUCUUUCGGGACCACCUUUUCAGCACUUUGGAACGCUGAUAACCACUCGUUCUUGCUGAUUGCGACCCAGGUGGAAGUCGAUACGUGCAACUACCUCAUCGACGUGGAUUUCCCACAUCGCUACGCCCACAAAGGUGGCGCCUAUCUAUCCAACAACGAACCUACAUACGAACCUCGAUACACCCACGAUCCAAAUUGGACCGCACUAGCUUGCUAUCCCUUUUUGGACAUUGAGCAUUCCAAUGCCGUACCAGGAUCGAGCAAAAUGCUAAAACUCGUCGCCAUCUUGAAAAGAGCCUUUUGGAUCCCCCUUCCGCAGACAUUGUUCGACGAAACCAAUAAAUUCGGCGACUAUUGCCUUUUGAGGAGAGAGGCCAAGGAGCGUAGAGCAUCAUAG